UCAAUUGAGCCACCAGAUCAUUCGAUCAACAAGGGCAAAUUCUGUCGAGAUGGCCAUAAUCUUACUGUCAUGCCUCCUGCUAGCAGCAUCAAUGCUUGCCGCCGACGCUGAGAGCACCAGCGCCUGCCCGGACAGCUGCGGCGGUAUGAGCAUCCAGUACCCGUUCGGCAUCGGCGCCGGCUGCUUCCGCAAAGGCUUCGAGAUCGUCUGCGAUGGCGGCGGCAGGCCGGUGCUCGCCGGCGCCACGGCGCCCAUCCCGGUGGACCACCUCUCCAUCAGUACGGCGGAGGUCCGCGUGAUGCUGCCCGUCGGGUGGCAGUGCUUCAACGCCUCCGACGAGGUGUACGCCUGGAGCGACGGCGACGUGCAGUUCAACCUGGACGACGCGUACCGCAUCUCCAGCGCCCACAACCAGCUCGUCGUCGUCGGCUGCAACACCCUAGGCUACAUCCAGAGCCAGAGGAACGAGGGCAACGACUACUCCUACGCCUACUACACCGGCUGCAUGUCCUUCUGCAACAACUCCGGCAGCGCGGCGGACGGCGCCUGCGACGGCGUCGGGUGCUGCCGCGUCGACAUCCCGCCCGGCGUCACCGACAACAAGAUGAACUUCAGGGCGUACAGCCACAGGGAGAAGCUUGGCGACAGCCCCUGCGACCUGGCCUUCCUCGUGGACAGGGAGAACUACACCUUCCAUACCGCGGACCUCAAGAUGGACCGCAAUCGGACGAUGCCGGUGUGGCUGGAUUGGGCCAUCCGUGACAACCUGACGUGCGAUGAGGCCAAGAAGGCGCAGGGCUACGCAUGCGUGAGCUUAAACAGUGAGUGCCACGACUCUACCAAUGGACCCGGGUACGUCUGCAACUGCAGCAUGGGCUACGAGGGCAACCCCUACAUCGUCAAUGGCUGCACUGAUAUCAACGAGUGCGAACGUCCUGAGUACCCAUGUAGAGGCGUUUGCCGGAAUACAUUGGGUUCAUAUGAAUGCAAAUGCCGCAGUCGUUUCCACAGUCCUGAUCCCUUUAAAGAGCCCUGCAACCUCAAAUUUCCACUUGGAUUUGUAAUUGCCUCAGGUGCAGCAGGUUUUCUUUUCAUCAUAUCGGUUGUGGUGUUCGUCUGGCUUCUCCGCAAAGAGAAAAGGAAGACCAAAGAAUACUUUGAAAAGAAUGGGGGCCCUACACUAGAAAAGGUUACCAAGAUCAAGUUAUUCAAAAAGGAGGAGCUGAUGCCAAUUUUAAGAAGUAACAAUCGUAUUGGAGAGGGUGGCUUUGGCGAGGUUUACAAGGGGCUGCUUGAAGAUGAGCCAGUAGCAGUGAAGAAGCCCAAGAAUGCCAAUUUGGCUGACCAAUUCACCAACGAAGUCAUCAUCCAGUCUCGAGUCAUGCACAAGAACAUCGUCAAGCUCGUUGGGUGCUGCCUAGAAGUUGACAUCCCAAUUUUGGUCUACGAGUUUGUGCCAAAAGGAAGCCUUGAUGACAUCUUGCACGGCAGCAGGGAGCCUCUGGACUUGGACCAGCGUCUGGACAUUGCUGCACAGUCAGCUCGAGGUCUAGCUUAUCUGCAUUCAGAUACCAUCACGAUGAUUCUGCACGGUGAUAUUAAACCAGCUAAUAUUCUCUUAAGUGAUGACCUGGUACCAAAGAUAUCUGACUUUGGUAUAUCUAGGAUGAUCACAGUCGACAAAAAAUACACGAGGAAUGUCAUCGGUGCCGUGAGCUACGUGGAUCCAGUAUAUCUGCAGUCCGGAAGACUAACGAGUAAGAGUGAUGUCUACAGUUUUGGAGUCGUACUCCUAGAACUCAUCACAAGGAAGAAGGUCUCAGAUUCUAACAGCUUGUUACGGGACUUUAUCGAUGCUUACACCAUGGAGAAGAGGGUGAUUGAGCUUGUUGACUCAGAAAUCGCAGCAACAGAGAACAUGGAGCUUCUUGAUAGUCUGGUUGGAAUGAUCGUAGAGUGCCUGGAUCUUAAUAUCAAUCGAAGGCCGGAGAUGAUCGAUGUAGCAGAGAAUCUUCGCGUCAUGUUGAAGAGAUCACGGAGCAAAACUGUAACACCCCUCAAUUAGCACUCGAUUAGGAGCCUUAAACGAAGUUUGAAGAUUCAAAUUGAGUCAAAAAUGUCAAGCACACGUGUAGCUCUCUCUGCUCUUUCUCCCGUGCAUGGUCACCGUGGCCAAAUCGACCACGGCGCCGCCCGCUAACGCCGUGCGCGACGCGCGUCCACGCCCAUGACCACGCCUUCCUCCUUUAGGCCACGUCGCAAAACUCGUGCCGAGCCUCCACCCCCUCACCCUCCACUCUCUACUGCAGAGCCAAGGCUGAGCCCUCCCAUGCCGUCCGCCAUGGCCAGCAACCCCGCCAAGCUCACCUCGCCGUGGAGCACACCCGUCCACCUUUCCCCGGCUCCAAUUGACCCCGGGAAAGGAACCCUCUCGCCUCAGAGAAGCUCCUGAGCCCGCUCACCGCCGCCCCAAGCCACCGGCGAGCUGCCGCCGCGGCACCCAUGGCCGCCGUCGCCCUGCUCACCGCGGAGCUCCCUCCUCCGGCCUUCCUCGCGCCCAACCGACCCCACAGCUAGCUCCCUCACGCUCCGCUGGUGCUCCCCGACCCGCUCGCCGACGCCCAAGCCCGCCGGAACGCCGCCGCCGCCGGCCCA